AUGAGCUCCGCUGUUGGGUUGUCGGCACCAUCGCUGAACUUUCAGUUCUUUAACAAUAAUGAAAGUCUCGCCGGUGAGAAAGGGGAGUCUCGCAAAACCAAAAGAAACAGAAAGGAUAAUGAUCGAAACCAGCAGAGACCAGUGAAACCAACAUUCAAUGAAAAUUUCAGGGGUCAAUUAGAAUCCCCAGCACCUAGUCAAUUUGAUGAGACUCUUUCUUUAUCAAAAUCUCAGCCAAUGGCCAAUGAAGCAUUGUCGAACACUGCCGGGUCUCUUCUCAGCACAAACCCCGAGACGCUUGGCUUUCAGCCGAUAUCUCACAAGCCAAGAGGUGUUCCCAAAUAUUUGAUAGAACAAAAACCUAGCUUGAAACCACGACCUUUUUUACAAGAUCCAUGGGACCAAGAAAACCAAAGAAAAAUGCUUGCUAUAGAGACUCAAAUCUCGGACUCUACUGAGCUAUGGGAGACAUUCAAAAAAAUGCGCGAGGUGGAAAGACGGGUUAUGGAAGACAAAAAACUAGUCGACCGUGCGGACUCCGCAAAAGAUUUGAACGACGCCAUUGUGUUUCAAGGCACCUGUCAGGAUAUGUGCCCCAUAUUUGAGCGUGCGCGUAGAAGUGUGGAAAACAACGUUGUACGUUACGAAAAGGAGGACCAAAACUCCAAGAAGAUAUCCAGAUUUAAAGCCCUCAAAGUUUUUGCAAGGCCAGCAGCAGCUGCUGCUCCACCACUACCUUCGGACGUGAGACCUCCUGAAAUUCUUGUAAAAACAUUAGACUACAUCGUCGCCAAAAUAGUUCCAAACUUGCCUGAUUGCGAGGGGUUUUUGUGGGAUCGUAUGCGGUCUAUACGGCAAGACUUCACUUUUCAGAAUUAUAGCGGCCCCGAGGCUAUUGAUUGCAAUGAAAGAAUUGUUAGAACUCAUUUAUUGAUAUUGCAUGUCAUGGCAAAGUGUGACAUAGAAUAUAGCCGACAGCAGGAACUGGAACAAUUACACAAGGCUCUGAUUACGCUUUCAGAGAUCUAUGACGAGGUUCGUGCUAGCGGUGGCCAAGCUGCAAAUGAGGCUGAAUUUCGAGCAUACUCGUUACUAAGCAGAAUAAGAGAUCCUGAAUAUGAUAAAAUGGCACAAUCCCUUCCUCAACAAGUAUUUGAUGAUGAUAUGGUACAAUUGGCUUUGUGUUUUCGCAGAAUAGUAGCCAACUCCAAUUACUCUGAGAGAGGUCACAUAAAAACUGAGAAUGGACUUUUCUUGUAUAAAAGGUUUUUCCAGUUGCUCGCAUCUAAUCGUGUUCCUUUCCUCAUGUCUUCAUUUUUGGAAGUGUAUGUGAAUGAUAUACGCUUUUACGCGAUGAAAUCGUUAUCCCAUACUAUAAACAAGAAGCACAAACCUAUCCCCACCACUUACUUAAAGGAGGAACUGCUCUUCAACAGCGACGUUGAAUUGAUGAAUUUUUGUGAGCAUUACUCGAUUGAAGUGAACAUAGAAGGCAUUAAACUUACAACGUUGACCCACCACUCUCACAUAAUUGCAGAAAAAAAACCGCUCAAACAGAGUUUUUUGCAGAUUGUAGAUGAAAAGCUACUACAAUUAAAAUCAGAAGACCUGAUCAAUUGCGGAAAACCAAAUUUUGAUACUAUCCCACAACUUGGCCCAGGAGCUGAAAAAAAUUUCUCAAGUCCAGCGUUUAAUCCAGUGAAUGCAACCACUCUGGGAACAAAUGAAAAGACCAACCAUCAAUUCAAUUGGAAUAAUAAUCUCGAAACACCACAGUCAGCUUUGCAAAAUUUCGCAGACAGCCACCAAUUUGGAACAACCCUAAAAUUCGGAAUCACACCGAGUAAUAAUAGUAUAGCCCACAAUGUAGAGGCAUCAAAACAAACAGAAAAAGACAGUGAAGAAAAAAGCCCAAUUAUAGAAAAACAGAAUAAAAUACAACGCAGGCUUGAUGAACAAAGAAGGAUUCAAAAAGCUAGGGAAAAGGACAUUUCAUCGAAACAAAAUCAAGAUGAAGUUCGUUUAGUGGAAGAGAAGAAACGGGAGGAAAAGUCAAGAAAACAAUCGCAACUGAUAGCAACUACUUCAGUUGCCGAAGUUUUGGUACAUGAUGUGGUCAGAAAGCAGGUCUCAUUAAUUGCCAAAAAGCAACUCGAGCUGUCUUCCCAGAGAAAACAGAAAACGCAAGCUCUCGUGGAAGAGUUAUACCAGGCUUUUAUACACGAAAAGCUAUAUCUUCUUACGCUCGAGACAAAGGCAGACAAGGUUUUUGAGUCAGGUUGCUUGAAACAUACCUGGAAAAACUGGAAACGUCAUUAUAUAAAGAAGAAAGAACAGAGAGAAAUUAAAAGGGCUAGAACGGAGGAGUUAGCUCGGGUCAGUAAGCGGCUUGGCAUUCCUGAGUUCAAAAGGGCCAAAGUUGAGGUGUCGCCCGCAGCUAGUUUUUCUUACAUCAUACCUUCCUCAUCCCAGAGCCAAGUCGUCGACUCGCCGAUCACGAACGAGGAACGUCAAUUCAAAACUCCUGUGCACAAAAACACUAUAAUUUGGAAAAUUAUAGAUCUCGAUGCACUCUACCUCCGGCCAAUUAUACAAAAUAUGGAACCGGCAUAUUUGGACAAGUUAAUGCACUCUUCCGAACCGAUCAAGAUUGGAAUACUCAUCUUUGCCAGAAAUUGGAAUAGCGUUUCAUCCCGUUGGCUUUUGAGCAAGUUUGGUCUACAAAAGUCAACAAACCGAACUGUCAAGUCCAGCAACCUGAAAAUGAGUUUAGAAGUUAACGCUGUAGUACCAAGCUAUUCGCCCAGAAACUUUGAGGAUUUACAGCUCCUCGUUUUCAAUAGCGGUGUGACCGAAAAUGACAUUUUUGAUUUGGAAAUGAAGCUCAAACAAGAUGGCGAGAAGCUUAUUGAACUGACCCAUGGUAUUGCUCUAAAUACGAAUUACCAGUUCUCUAUCUUAGUCGUCUAUUGGGAAUCUACUCAAAACCCGCUUUCCCUGGACCAGAUUGCCAAAUUUUUGAAACUGAAUAACAUGUCGCGCAUUUUCGCCAACGUCCUCAAGACUAUCGAUGUUGUGAAGCUGACCAGCGACUGCCCGCACAAAACGCUAGAGCAGCAUUUGGCGAAAGUUGCCAGCUCGUGUGCGCUGAAACUAACGGAGCGCGGCUUGUACAACGAGUCCCUCCGAUCAAGGAGCUUGCUGGCAAGCUCCGCGACCCCGCACAGGUACCAGUCAUCUCUGGAAAUAGACGCUAAGCUGCGCAAAGCUCUGGAGCAAGAAGAACGCAAACACCAACAGGAGCGGGAUCACAACAACACCUACGCCUACUUACAAUCACACGUCGCUGCAUCACCUCGUGCCCGCAAACGAAAGUUACCUGUGCUGCUAUCAGACUCUAAGAAGAAUAAGUUCAAGACGCCGUUGGCGAUGCGGCCGUUUGUCAAACGCACUUCUUCUACGUGCUCGACGUCUUCGUUAGCGUCGUCUGAACCGUCUCAUCUGGCUGCCAAAAUCAAGACCGAGCGGUCUUUGGUCGAGCCUAAUACGCCGUGGGCAACUCCGUUGCCCUCCCGAACUCAACACAAUACUGUAAGCGACCUCGCGCCACUACGCACCCCAUCCAUCGCCGUUUCUACAAGUCGUUUGGAGCCCAACACCAGCGGCAUCUCUAACGUCACAUUUGAAUCUCCGUUUUCUACACCCACUCAAACGUUGCUUCCAAACUCAAGGCCGGCUUAUCCGAUUCAUUCGCAGGAAGCUAGUGCGAACAUAUUGGAGCUCAAGCAUCUUAUCGCCUCUGUGAAAAAAAAUCUGAGCACGCACACCAUUGCUAGGUCUGACAGACAAGGUUGA